GGAAACCAAGAAGAAAAUUAUAAAAAUCUGUGUACUCAGUUAAAGGCAGUUAUAGAUGUAACUAUAAGAAAUAUUAAGAAAACAAUGGUUUUCAAACAAGAUAUUCACAAAGAACUCAGCUUUCUGAAACUCACUAUAGAAAACAUAUUUCAAAAUAUCUAG